AUGCGGUACAUUUACUCCGAGGAACGGCUGCCCAUUCCGGACAAUGUGAAGGUUCACAUUAAGUCGCGCAUUGUGACCGUCGAGGGUCCCCGCGGCAAGCUCGUCAAGGACCUGUCCCACAUUGCCGUUACCUUCGGCCGCCCCGAGAACAACGUCAUCUCGAUCGAGCUGCACCACGGUGCUCGCAAGGGUGUCGCUACUCUCCGUACCGUCCGCACCAUCAUCAACAACCUGAUCAUCGGUGUUACCCGCGGCUUCCUCUACAAGAUGCGCUACGUCUACGCCCAUUUCCCCAUCAACGUCAACAUCGAGAAGAACGCUGAGACUGGCCAAGCUGAGGUUGAGAUCCGUAACUUCCUGGGUGAGAAGUACGUGCGCCGCGUGACUGCUCAGCCCGGUGUCGAGAUUGUCCCUUCCCCCAACGUGAAGGACGAGCUCCAGCUCUCCGGUAACUCCCUUGAGGGUGUUUCCCAGAGUGCCGCCGACAUCCAGCAGAUCUGCCGUGUCCGAAACAAGGAUAUCCGUAAGUUCUUGGACGGUCUGUACGUGUCGGAGCGGGGCAACAUCAUUGAGGAGUAA